AUGACAGAAUUAAAGUGUGGAUUUUGUAGACACGGUAAAGAAGUGAAAGAAGAAUGUGGAGAGUUACAUCAUGUUGUUACUGCAUCUGGUAAACCAUGUACAGCCCACCAUAAAUGCAUGCAAUAUUCAGCACUCUUAGUUCAAUACAAAUCUGAACAUUUUGGUGGAUUUAAAAUAAGUAAAGUUUUUGAAGAGCUAGCCAGAGGAAGAUCAUCGAAAUGUUUCAUCUGUAAAUGUAAGAGAGGGCGAACUAAAAGUGGUUCUAUUCGUGUGACUGGUGCUACGUGUGGUUGUGCUGUUAAGCAAUGUCGUAAAACAUUUCACUAUUACUGUGCUAAAACCAGUCAAGACUGUAUUACUAAGAGAUUGGUUGUUAGUUUUAAAAACAAAAAUAAGAUCACAGUUCUAUACAGAGUAUUUUGCUCUAAAGAGCAUGAAGUGCUAUAUCGACGGAAUUUGAAAGAAUAUAGUAAAGAUAUGAAUAAAAGUGCUGAAGAAAGUGAAGAAGAUAGUGAUAUAGAGGACAGUAAUAAAGAAGAUGUUAAUGAUGAUGAGGAUUUAUUACUUGGUGGAUUUGAUCUUUCAAGUCAGAUGUUAUCUCAACAAAUGAAUGAAAAUGGUCAUGAUACAAGUUUUAUUCCAGCUUAUUCUAAUACUGCUAAUGGAAGUACCACUGACAUCCCAAACAAUAGACUAAAACGCUCAGCAUCACAUAAUAGUCUUGUCUCUGAUGAAAAGCCUCCAAAAUCUGUUAAACUUGAUAAGAAAAAAGUUAUUGGUUUGUGUAUAUUGUCAUCAGAUGAAAAUCUAGAAGCUCAAAGAAAAGAGAUUCACACAAUAUUGAAGAAUAAUUAUGAUGUAAAUGAGGUUGUAAUAUGGCAGGAUGUAACAUCUUAUACCUUGAAUUCUGAUUUAACACCUUACUUUAUCCAUGCCAUAUCCAAGGCUGUAAGGUCAAAUUCUUACAAGAAUCUACAGAAUUUAUUAUUUUCUGAGAAAUAUUUGCGAGAUAAGUGUGUAUCUGAUUAUGAAUAUCAGUCAAAUUUUAUUCAAGAUUUAAAAGAUCCAGCAGUGGCUAAAAAUGUUCUACAGAGUACUUGGAAAUCUGUUUCCAAAAAUCUUCAAGAUGCUUCCAUCAGUAUUGGUAAGGAAAUUGGAAGCGUUAUUCCUGUUUAUAGUUCCAAUGUUUUAUUACUUCUAGUAGGGGAUGAAAUAGACAAAAACAGUGUUAUCAGGCAAAAACUUCAACAUUUAUUUGAAUCGAUACCUAAACCAGCUAUAUUUGUAUGGAAGAAUGAUACACGAUUAAAGAAAUAUCACACUGAAGAUUUUGAUGAAAAUGAAGUAGAUAUACUACUAUCAAAUAUUAUAAAGAAUAAGAGUGAAAUAGGUGAAAUUAUAGAUGAACCUAAAGAUAAAAUACUACUAAGAAGUAACACACAAUCCAAUGUAGUGAGUUGUAUAUAUAAAGGGUUGGAAGGUACUGAUAUCAAGACAGAUCAAGACAAAUCACAUUGUUUAGUGUUAAUAUCUCAAUUAGAUUCUACCAUAGUAAAUAGUGGAAACUAUAUCAUAAAACUUUUACACAAUAUUCUUACUGAUAAUCAUAACAAGUACUCCAAGUUUUCUAUGGUAUUGCCAGUCUUCUCUCUACAGUCUACUUUUAAUAUUGUGGAAAAUAUUAAAAACUGUGUAGAUUUUGAUGUCACCGUUGCAAUAUAUAGUGCUUAUAAUCCAGAAAAACAGAGUAUAUCUUAUAUAGUGGCAGAAAUCAUGAUCAGUAAUCAGAGUGCAGCUAAUAGCCUGAUGAUUUCUUCAUCACAAUCAGUAACUGAAUGUCGACCUUGUGUUGAAGAUAAUGAAAGGCCUUCAACUUCUGGAAGUAACAAGAAAAGAAGACUUAGACCAACACUUUCACCAAGUGCUUUAAGCUUACAACAUAUGUUAAAACAAAGCUCAUAAAACAUAACAUAUUGUGUGCUUGAUAUUUGUUCGAGUGGCUGUAAAUGUUUUUGUUGUUCUCAUCUUAAGCGCAUGAAGAUAAUAUGACGAAGGUUGACUAUACCUAAGACAGCAUUGCUCAAUCAUUUUUAUCAUGUCUAAAUAAUUUUUAAAGCAAGAUAUAUCAAGUCAUACAUCAUCGUUUACAAAAAUCUUGGUAUUCAUAAAUCAUGUCUGUAAGAGCUAUUUGAUCAAAUCACAUAUUUAGUUAUAUCUGUUGAAAUAGAUAUCUAUUGCGAAGAAAAUUAUGUGUUUUAAUCAGUCAUCAUCAUGUAUUAAAAAGUCUAGUACCAAUGUUUCAGUUUGUAAUUUGAGACCACUGUGAUUUCAGAAUCAAAUUUCUUUCAUUUCACUAAUAAU